CUUGCAUUUUCUUCACAGAAACGGCAGACUCGCAUCAUGAUGCGACUGCAGUGGCUCCUGCUGCUAUCUCUGUCACUCUACAUCGUGCAUGUGCAAGCCAUCAUCCUUCCCGAUGAGACCGACAGUGCCAGCGCUAGCAGCAGUUCCACAACCACACCACCAACCGUCGGAUUCACUCCACAGGCUCGGCCGACCCCAACUCCACUGGCUUCCAACUCUCGAACGACCACGCCCACCACGGUCAUAAAAGACACAUCGACCGACAUUGCGGAAAACAUUGCCGAGCUUGACGUUGAUCUCCUGGAUCGUGGUCACUCGUCCAAGGAGGUUCAAGACAGCGACGGCGGGCAGCGCCAAAACUAUGCGUCGAAAGACUCUGGCGCGACGGUGCUGGACCACGCGCCUGGCACAAAGGGGUCCGUGAACCUGCUCGUGCCGGACAAGGAUAGGUACAUGCUCAUUCCGUGCGCCACGGAGAAGAAGUGGAUCGUGAUUUCGCUGUCGGAGGACAUCCACGCCGACGAGAUUGCCCUUGCGAAUUACGAAAAGUUCAGCUCUACCACCCGCGAAUUCUUGGUGCUGGGCAGCAUCAACUACCCCAGCGACACAUGGGUCGUCCUCGGCAACUUCACCGCGGCCAACCAUAACGGCGAGCAGUUGUUUGAAUUCCACGAAAAGCAUCACGUCCGAUACAUCAAGUUACGUCUGAUGUCGCAUUACGGCUCCGAGUACUAUUGCACCAUGAGUCAAAUCAGAGUGUUUGGUCGUACAUUUACCCAAGUGAUUUCACAAUUGGAGAAGAACAUUGAAGCAGCCGAAUCGCAGACGCUGCCGACACCCCAGCCUGCCACGUCAUCACCCAACGUUCCGCUGGAAUUGCCAGCUUGUUAUGCCGAUCCUUCCGAAACACGUGCGCUCUUUCUUGAUGUGAUAUCGAGCUCCCGUGGCCCGCACGACCUUGAUAUACACAACAAGAACAUGGUGUGCCUCCUCCAAUCAGAUGCUCGACUACAUGGCAACGGCAGCAAUGCCUCAACAGACGUCGCAUCUACUUCCACGUCUGCGGCUACUACGUCUUCAGGGGCCUCUGUGACACCGUUCACUUCGAAUGAGAGCCAAACUACCUCCACACCGCCAAGAACAACGCCUUCUCCGUCGUCGUCUACCGUUGCGGGUAGCCAAAGCAACAGUGCCGCAGGCACUGACCUGUCGAAAGCACUUGAAAUCCAUCGCGAUGGGCCGAAAGAAGGCGGCGCGAUGUUGUCUGCCGUCGAUGAAGGAGGAAAGCUCGCUCCAACGCCAAGUGUCGUGGCCACCAAUGGUGGCGGUUUGGACAACUUUUAUAUUCGCAUGUCCAAAAAGUUACAAGCGUUGGAAAACAACGUCACACAACUGGAAAAAGUCGUGCUGGACCUCCAACGCACCCAUGCCGUCGACGUGCAGUACCAUCGAGCCCAAGCCAGCGCUGCAGUAGACGCCCUUGCCACCCUGAAGGGGCAAGUACGGGAAACCCUGUCUGGGCAGGCCAACCGUACAGACGACUUGGCGAGGCAGGUGCAUUUGCUGGUUCAAGCAAAUCGGGCGUUGCAGGAGCAAGUGGACCUGCUGUGGGAUGUGAUUCAGACGAUGAAGGCGGGGAUUAUGAUCACGCUGGUGCUGUCGGUGGCGCUGCUCGUGUUCUCGCUCUGCCGGUGGAUCUUUCGAUGCCUUACGGCAUGCCAUCGCCGCGCCGCCCGCCGCGAAUGGUUUCGGCGGCUGGAUGUGGCCGACACGACUGAAAGCAGUUUGGACAAGCGGCCGUCGAUGAUGGCGGAUGACACGGACGAAGACAUCAACCCACUCACGCACUCGAUGCACCACCGCCUCGAUCGCUCCAUGCGCUUUGGCUCGUCCUACGAUGACAACGCCAUUCAACGCAACACCAUGUACCGCCGGUACGAUGACAAACAACUACUAGUACUAGUACUAGUAGUUGUGCUCGGGGGUAUUGUAAUAUGGUGGUCGUGCGUAGGAUCGUGAAUGGAUUCCGACAGCAUCACGUGCAAACCAAGGGACAGUGUCCUCGCCGAGGGGUCGGCGAUCCGCCGCCCAGCAUAUCCUCGAUUCCUCCGUCGUUGUCGUCGUCGUCGUACGGGGCAAGGCGGGGCUCCAUCGUGCUGGCCAAACCCGUGGGGGGUACCUAAGUCGAAUCGGCCCAAACCAGCAACAGAGAGCGAAGACUAAACGUACCCUCAAACGUAAAAGCAGCAGCUACCAACUAUCCCUCGUGCCGUAAUAAUAAAGUAAUACUAUAUUUACCAUUCGAUCAACGUGAGGCCGAUCGAGGUGGUUCAAAC